UGUGUACAUGUGCGGCUUACUUGAUCAUCAUAUUUAGCUAAUUUUAACGCAUCUAAACCUUUUCUCUUGCAUUUCCUCCCUCCUUCCUCCCUCUGGUUUCUUCUCCUUUCAUUGCAUUUCCUUCUCCUUUCUCUUUCUAGCUUCUUCACCUUCCUUUGCUUCUCCUGUCUCAUCUCUCUUUCAAUCUCUUUCUACUUCUUCUUAAAUGAAAGAAUUCUUCCCAAUUGUCAUCUUCUUCUUCUGCUGUAGAAGAAUAGCUCUUUCGAUCGACCCACUAUUCGAAGCUUGCGAGCCUCGAGACUGCGGCAAUGGCCUCUACAUACGCUACCCAUUUCGGAUCCUUGACCAACCUUCCUACUGCGGCUACAAAGGCUUCGAACUCGAUUGCAAGAACGGAAGGCCUGUCCUCAACAUGUCCAACAACGAUCAUUACUACAUCCAAAACAUAUUCUACGAAAACCAAACUCUUCUGCUCGUAAACAUGGGAUUGCUCGACAGUGAAACAUGCCUGAGACCGACUCACAAUCUAACCGUCGAGAAUAGAUAUUUCAGUGUUAGCUCUGCAACCACCUACCUCUUCUUCUUCUUCAAUUGCCUCAUCUCACUUCCUGAUCGAAUUGGCUAUGAACGAGUAUACACGAUGGAUUGCAUGAACAAUGACAUACAUCACUCUUACGCCACACUUGCUGAUUAUCAAACGGUGAAAUUGAUGAAUUUUACCAAAGAUCAUGAAACAUUGAGUUCGAUGAGUUUUACUGAAACUUGUGAAUCUUGGGCUACUGAACCGGUUAGAGCAGACCCAGAAUUUCUUUAUGGGUAUUCAGAGGCCGGAAAUUAUUCAGAGAUUUUGAAGACAGGGUUCGUUCUGGAUUACGGGAGUGCUAGCAAUUGCAAUGGGUGUGUAGAAUCUGGCGGUCAGUGUGGAUUUAAUGAUACUAUGUCUCAGAUCAUGUGUUUAUGCCCUGAUCGACCACAACUUGGGGCUUGCCCUGCUGAUAAUGAGAAAAGAAGGAAGAUAAGGAAAAUAAUAAUAGGUGCGUUUGGAGCAGCUGGGGGCAUCUUUCUCGUAUGCCUCAUCUUCUUCCUCUCUCGAGUCAUCUCCUCAAUCACCUCUGGACAGAAAUUCUGGCUGGAUAAUCUAAUUUUCAUUUGGAAGAAGAGAACAAAAGAUGCCCACAACGUGGAGGAAUUUCUAAAGAAUUAUGGAUCACUCAUUCUACAAAGAUAUAGGUAUUCUGAAAUCAAGAAGAUAACCAACUCUUUCAAAGACAAACUAGGUCAAGGAGGCUAUGGUGGUGUAUUCAAAGGGACGCUCUUUGAUGGCCGUCUAGUCGCCGUGAAGGUCUUGAAUGAGACCAAGGGCAACGGAGAAGAAUUCAUCAAUGAAGUCGCUAGCAUUGGUAGAACAUACCAUGUCAACAUUGUGACGCUUCUCGGUUUCUGUUCCGAGGGGUCCAAAAGGGCACUCAUCUAUGACUUCAUGCCUAAUGGUUCUCUUGAAAAAUUCAUCUAUGCUGAGAAACCAAGAACAACAAAUCAUACUCUUGGUUGGGAAAAGCUAUACCAGAUUGCAGUUGGCAUUGCUCGAGGACUAGAGUAUCUACACCGUGGCUGUAGCACGCGUAUAUUGCAUUUCGACAUAAAACCACAUAACAUUCUUCUAGACCAAGACUUCUGCCCCAAGAUUUCAGAUUUUGGUCUAGCAAAGCUAUGCCCAACGAAAGACAGUAUCAUAUCUAUGUUGGGUGCUAGAGGGACUGUUGGUUAUAUUGCGCCCGAAGUAUUCUGUAGAAACUUUGGAGGAGUUUCAUACAAGUCUGAUGUUUAUAGCUAUGGAAUGAUGGUGCUAGAAAUGGUUGGAGGACGAAGAAACAUUGAUGCAGGAGUCGAGAAUACGAGUGAGAUAUAUUUUCCACAAUGGAUAUACAAGCGUCUUGAUCUAAAUAACGAUUUGUUACUGCAUGGAAUAGCAACACAAGUGGAAGAAGAAACUGCAAGGAAGAUGAUUAUAGUGGGAUUGUGGUGCAUACAAACGCACCCCACGAAUCGGCCUACAAUAAGUAGGGCUGUGGAGAUGUUGGAAGGAAGCCUGGAAAGCUUGCCGAUGCCACCCGAUCCAGUUCUUUCUUCGCCCUCAAGGCCAGAAUCACAGUCUUCCACAACAACAUGUGCUUCGAAAAUGGUCCCUUUAUUCAGCCCUUCUAUUCUAGUUGAGAUGAUUAGACCUGAUGGUUCGUCUUCAGUUUCUGUAUUAAAUGGUGAAUCCCUGUCAGCUGACCUGGCUCAUGAAUUGAUGGGUAUUCAGGCUGCUUCUCAUUGGCUGCAUAUCGUCCCGUGGGGUAUUCGCAAGUUGGCAAGAUACAUGAAGUAUAACAAUGGAGACCCACCGAUUAUUAUAACUGAAAAUGGUAUUUUCGAAUUCACAGCUUCAGGCGCAUUUGGAUGCUCAAUUCAAUUGAACUGCGAUAUGGUCAAACUUGAAGCAAACAAAUUAUUGCAGUUCAUUUCAAUUGUGCAUACAAACAUGUCUCAACAGUUACAGGGAACAACGCGCCCUACUCACUACCAUGUUUUGCUGGAUGAGAUUGGCUUCUCCCCUGAUGAUCUCCGUGAGCUUGCGCAUUCAUUGUCCUAUGUGUAUCAGAGGAGCACAACUGCGAUAUCAAUCGAAUCUCUCCAGUCCCUCCGAAUGCAAUCACAUCACUUACUAUCUUCCAUCCUUUCCUUCUCCUUCUUCUUACUUGUCUUCCAUGUGCCCACUUCUUCAUCCCAAGCUGAUAAUCCAAACGACAUAUGCGCCCCCUUCAACUUUCGAUGCGGAGAAAUCGAUCACACCAUCAAAUACCCAUUUUGGGUCGAUGGCCGUUCCAGGCAAUGCGCCUUCCCAGGUUACAAUUUCACUUGUCAAGACAAUUCACUUAUGAUACAGAUGCCAUCAGAGACAUACAUUGUUAAGAAUAUCGAUUAUCAAAACAAUAUCCUAACGAUAGUAGACACGGAUUUCGUGAACCAGACGUGUCCAAUAUCAACUAACACAACCAUCGAAUACGGCUACUUCAAUCCUACGGAUCAAGUUCGGAACCUGACCUUGUACUACAAUUGCAUCACCUCCAUUGAGCCAUCUGGAUUUCGCCGACUUCCUUGCUUCGCUGAGCCUAACAAGUUUGCCUACUUCACAGUCCAGACCGAAUUCGACAUGCUUGAUACAUUUGCAGAUUGUGCUAUGAGUGUCAUUUCAAUUCACGAAACGAAUGUUGGUCGACUUGAAGAUGAUCCAAGGGUGUUCAGGGAUGUUUUACAAGAUGGUUUCAACGUGUCGUGGAUCGUCGGCAACAUUUGGUGCAAGCAAUGUGUCAGCUCAGGAGGGCGCUGCGGAUUCAUGGAAGGCCUUUUUGCAGAGCCUACCUGUUAUUGCAAGGACGGAGUACAUACGACCGCGUGCCCAGGUAUAGAUAAUGAGAAAAGAAGAAGGAAUAUACGGCUGAUAGUAAUAGGUGUGUCUGGAGCAGCUGGGGGCAUCUUUCUCGUAUGCCUCUUCUUCUUCCUCUCUCGAGUCAUCUCCUCAAUCACCUCUAGACAGAAAUUCUGGCUGGAUAAUCCAAUUUUCAUUUGGAAGAAGAGAACAAAAGAUGCCCACAACGUGGAGGAAUUUCUAAAGAAUUAUGGAUCACUCAUUCUACAAAGAUAUAGGUAUUCCGAAAUCAAGAAGAUAACCAACUCUUUCAAAGACAAGCUAGGUCAAGGAGGCUACGGUGGUGUAUUCAAAGGGAAGCUCUUCGAUGGCCGUCUAGUCGCCGUGAAGGUCUUGAAUGAGACCAAGGGCAACGGAGAAGAAUUCAUCAACGAAGUCGCUAGCAUUGGUAGAACAUACCAUGUCAACAUUGUGACGCUUCUCGGUUUCUGUUCUGAGGGGUCCAAAAGAGCACUCAUCUAUGACUUCAUGCCUAAUGGUUCUCUUGAAAAAUUCAUCUAUGCUGAGAAACCAAGAACAACAAAUCAUACUCUUUGUUGGGAAAAGCUAUACCAGAUUGCAGUUGGCAUUGCUCGAGGUCUAGAGUAUCUACACCGUGGUUGUAGCAUGCGUAUAUUGCAUUUCGACAUAAAACCACAUAACAUUCUUCUAGACCAAGAUUUCUGCCCCAAGAUUUCAGAUUUUGGUCUAGCGAAGCUAUGCCCAACGAAAGACAGUAUCAUAUCUAUGUUGGGUGCUAGAGGGACUGUUGGUUAUAUUGCGCCCGAAGUAUUCUGUAGAAACUUUGGAGGAGUUUCAUACAAGUCUGAUGUUUAUAGCUAUGGAAUGAUGGUGCUAGAAAUGGUUGGAGGACGAAGAAACUUUGAUGCAGGAGUCGAGAAUACUAGUGAGAUAUAUUUUCCACAAUGGAUAUACAAGCGUCUUGAUCUAAAUAAAGAUUUGUUACUGCAUGGAAUAUCGACACAAGUGGAAGAAGAAACUGCAAGGAAGAUGAUUAUAGUGGGAUUGUGGUGCGUACAAACACAUCCCACGAAUCGGCCUACAAUAAGUAGGGUUGUGGAGAUGUUGGAAGGAAGCCUGGAAAGCUUGCCGAUGCCGCCUGAUCCAGUUCUAUCUUCACCCUCAAGGCCAGAAUUAGAGUUUUCCACAACAACAUGAGCUUCAAGAACAGUUUCGAAAAUGCCCACCUAGAUAAGUGCAGUUCCAAUUGUUGGAGAGGAUUAAAACAUAUGAAAUUAAUGGCUCAUUUUUGCU